AUGCAAUUGGGUUUGUCAGAAAGUCUUUCGACACUCGUAGCCAAGCGCUUCACCGCUGCUAAAGAGUCCGGCCACCUUUUAUUCUCUCAAACACAUCUCACCACAAUCCAUACUGCGGGGAUACCAUACCAACUUCGAUACUGUCCUGCUCUUGCAAAUAAGCCAACCGGGGCUCCAAACUCGGACAAGUCUACCACGAAACCCAACUUCGAUCCUUUCCAAGACCCCUCCCCAGAGCUCUUAAUCGCUCAAAUACCUCGAGAGAACCCAACUCACGUGCUAGUCCUCAAUAAAUUUCCCGUGAUUCCCGACCAUUUCAUAUUAGCGACAAAGGAAUGGAAAUUACAGACUGAUGUUCUGGAGAAGGAAGAUUUGGACGCAACCUAUUCCUGCAUCAAAGCAUGGGGUGAGGAGAAUAAAACAAAUGGCACGGGUCCCAAGCGACUGUUCGCCUUUUUUAACUCCGGCAACGAGAGCGGUGCGAGCCAACCGCAUAGACACUUACAGUUUCUACCCAUUGAAGCCAUGUAUCAGGGUGACUUGGGGCGCUGGCAGCCCUUGAUCGACGCGGUUUCAUCGCAACCAACAUCAUCCGGUUCCAGAUAUUUGCGAUGGGCUCAGGUACCGUUCGCGCAUUUCGCCCUUCCGUUACCGCCAAACCCCUCUGCCGAUACCCUACAUAGCAUUUACAUAUCCUUGUAUAGAGCGGCGUUCGCAGCCGCACAGGAGAAUCCAGGAAGUCCUCCCCUGACGACCAGUGGCCCGGCUGCUAUCAGUUACAACCUGGCAAUGACCGAUUCAGUAAUGAUGAUCUGCCCGAGGCGAAGUGAAAGCGCCCGAAUUCCAAUCGACUCUGCGGCAUCAACAGGGAUAUCUGAAGCAGGUGUCGUUGCCUUGAAUGGUACGAUUCUCGCCGGUACGCUCAUGGUGAAGGCUGAGGCCGAAUGGGAUGAACUACGCCAUCACCCCGAGUCCUUGAAAGAGGUACUGUCGGCUAUUGGGUACCCUCACCCAGACCUGUUUGAGCUUUCAUUACUCUGA